AUGCGCUCUACGCUCCUUGGAUUUGUCCAACUUUACCGAGCCAAUUGUUACCGACAUUCACAUACGCCAGCAGGUGGUGGAUCAAUUCCGUCACCUGCGGAUGGGCUGCUUUCCGGCGCUGAUACCGAGAAUAUUGAUUUUCACUGGUUUACAAACCGAGUUAAGGAGCAGAUCUCCGGUGUACUGCAGCUUAUUGCUCUCCGACCUCUCCAGAGAGGUCCAAACUUCGUCCCAGCAGACCAGCCCAGCCCUCAGAUCCUAGCCAUUGCAGCCGAGAUUUUAGAACAGCGACAGAAACUUCAUAACGAUCCUCGGUCACUGCCCUGGCGCUGGAUCGAACCGUUGUACUUCCCUUGGCAUGCGCUCGUUGUCGCCGUGAGUGAGGUGUCCGUCUGCAUGGAUCGAUCGCUGAUCGACAGAUACUGGCCUACAAUCGAGUAUAGUUAUAGCUUUUUCCAGAAGCAGGCCAUCUGUGGAGAUUUCGACCGGGUUCUGACGCCCAUGGAGAGGUUGAUGAGCAACGCUCGAGCUGCACGGGCAUUGGCCUUUGCCAAAGAGUCACCAGGCGGUAUAGUGCCCCAUAUGGAUGUGCAGAUGUCGCCCUUCGAAGGCUCUGUGCUGUCAGGUACUCUGCCAGCUGGACUGGCCACGUCCUCCAGAGAGGCGCAGGGGAUUUUUCAAGUACAAGCUCCUGACAUCAUCGCGUGGGCGCCGUAUACGGGGUUCGAUGAGAGUCUCUGUUAG